UGGAUGAGAAGAUGUGGAUUUCCCGGCGAGGGGUGCUUAAAAGGGGAGCCAGAACGAGAGACGGGAAGAGAUGGUCGCGGGGUGUGGCCCGCACUGGGGCAAGCUGUUUCCUGGCGCCACCCCUGUGAACUGGGGUGGACGCUUGGGGGCUGGGGCGUGGCGCUGCUACGGGCGGGACCGGGAGCGGCGCUCGGCGUCCUCUGGGAUAGCCGUCGGGGCUGAGAGGCCGGACCCUGGCUCUGGGCGCUCGCCUGAAGCCGCAGCGAGCAGACAGAGAAAGUCUCCCGUCCAGAGCGGCCAGCAGAGAGGAUGGAGCCACGGACAGUGGGAAUUCGUGUGAGCUGAGUGAACCAUUUAUGCAACAUUUGCAAAGAGAAAAAGUCAAAAGGGAAGUCAGAAGUGGAGGAGGCUGACAGUGUGGAGCAAUGGGUGACUGGAGCUUCCUGGGGAGACUAUUGGAGAAUGCACAGGAGCACUCCACAGUCAUUGGCAAGGUGUGGCUGACAGUCCUAUUCAUCUUCAGGAUUAUGGUGCUUGGAGCUGCUGCGGAGGAAGUAUGGGGAGAUGAGCAGUCAGACUUCACCUGCAACACCCAGCAGCCAGGCUGUGAGAACGUCUGCUAUGACCAGGCCUUCCCCAUCUCCCACACCCGCUUCUGGGUGCUGCAGAUCAUCUUUGUGUCCACGCCCACCCUCAUCUACCUGGGGCACGUGCUGCACAUUGUGCGCAUGGAACAGAAGAAGAAAGGGAAGGAACAAGAGCAGGUAAAGGGAGGCAGCCUGAGUCUCAGAUCUGCUGGGCAGUGUUCACCCAGAGACCACAGCCAGGAGGAUAAGAACCCCCUGUGGAAUGACCUCGGCAAGGUCCACAUCACCGGGGCCCUGCUUCGGACCUAUGUUUUCAACAUCAUCUUUAAGACACUAUUUGAAGUGGGCUUCAUUGCUGGACAGUACUUUCUGUAUGGCUUUCAACUGAAGCCACUCUACCGCUGUGACAGGUGGCCCUGCCCCAACACGGUGGACUGCUUCAUCUCCAGGCCCACAGAGAAGACCAUCUUCAUCCUCUUCAUGCUGGUUGUGGCCUGCCUGUCCCUCUUACUCAACAUACUGGAGAUAUACCAUCUGGGCUGGAAGAAGCUUAAACAGGGCAUGACCAACCACUAUGGCCCAAACACCCCUGAUUCAAGGAUGGGGGCCAUAAAACCUGAGGAUAUAAGCCCACUACCCUCCCACCCUACUCCCACCACUGGUACUGUGGGGUGCCCUCCUUACUAUACUCACUCUGCCUUUUCUCUGGGACAGGAAGUGGCCACAGCCUGUCCUGGCUCCCCUCCACCAGCAACUGACUUCAAUGUGACAGCCCCACCCCUGACACGAGGGAAGAGCCUCCCUGACAAAUUGUACAACAGUAACCAUCACCUGCUAAUGACAGAGCAGAACUGGGCCAACCAGGAGACCAAGCAGCAGACAUCUGUUAGGAAGGUCUCCCUGCCCGUGUCCACAUCUUCCUCCUUUACCCCUCCAGGCAGCCCCCAGCCACUCCCACAGGAGGACAGAGUAGGCAGCAAGGAGUCUGUCCAGCUGGAGAAUGGGGACGGCAGCAGCUUGGGAGAGAGCAGACUAGAAGUGAUUCCCGAUGAGGGGCAACAGGUAGUGACCACCGCUGUGGAGAUGCACCUGCCCCAUUUGCCCCCCACAGACACCAGACAGUCAACCAGGGCCAGUAAGUCCAGUGGCAGUCGGGCCAGACCCAACGACUUGGCCAUCUAGUCAGCUCUAUAAUGACCUCUUUUCUAGCCACCAAAGCCAAAGUGCACUUCAAAUGAGCAGGUAGAAAGCCUAGAGGGACAGAGGGCACUGGAGCAGGGGAGGGGGAAGGUCAUCAGAGAGGUCUGGUUUCUGUGUCAGUGCUUGCUGUCCUCCAUGCUGGUGGGGUGGGGAGAACACUGAUGCUUUCUAUGGGGGGUGGGGGAAAGUGGGGUGCAGGGGCUGAUGGCCUUUGAAGGUAUUCACUGCAACCCACAGCCCAGAAUCCAGCCACUCUCUCAGGUGUUUCUGUCUCUCGGGGAACUCUUCUGAGGUGAUAAAGAGGCAGGUGUCUGCAGUCACUUCAUUUUGGGGUCAUUAGGUUUUCUGUCCUGAGCUCUCCAGAGCCUCUGGGCAGCCCAGAAGGCCACAGCUGCACUUAGCGCUAUCUUCUAUUCAACACUUGUAACGUAGAGUCAAAGUUAAUUUGGGAUAUUUGCCAGACUGCACUAACAGGAGACUUAAAGCAAGCCUGUGCAGUGUCGCUGGAGAUUCUGAAAUUUCACAUGAAGCCCAGGAUAUGCAAGUAUGCAAGUGCAGGCUGCAUGACAAGUGACAAUGAUGAGCCGCUCCCCAGAGGCAUAGAUUCGUGGGUGAGGGCACAGAGGCAGCUGGGAAGAAAGCAGGUGGAAAUGCAGCCACACUUGACAUCACUUUUAACAGCUGAGGAAACUGAAAUAAAAGCGUGGCAGGCCCACUUUUGUGUUUGUUUUUAAAUGAUAUGUUUCUGCUUUGAAUUGUACAGAUAGGCUUAUGUUCCCCACUCUCUCCCUUUCAGGAAAAAAACGAGAGAAAUUUAGUACUGUUACAUGGAUGCUGACUGAGGGAGUGCUCACGUUUCCCAUUUGCUACUAGUAAAGAUUUGAAUUUCUUUUACCUGAAAUGCUUUGAGUGCAUGAGUCAGCUUAUUACUAAGACAAUGUACCAGAUAAAAUAAAAGCAGAGAAAAACUUAAGUGACUUUUAUGUACCUGAAAUUGUCAACUUUUUGAAUGGGAAAAGUUAGCUGCUGUUGCC